GUCACAUGAUAGUUUAGGUAAAUAUUGAGAGCGGAAAGGUUCCUCCUGCGACAUAAAACGACGACGACGACAUCGCCAUAGUCUGCAAGUCUGCUGCUACAAUAGCUGACAACCAGUCUUGCACUUAGUACUAUCUAACACAGUAGUGCUCGCUGUCAUCACUGUAUUGUUUCGACACUCCACAUUUGAAGCAAGGCUCAGAACUUUUCGGCACCCUCAAGGAAACUCUACAGAACCAACAUGGCGGAAGGUUUAGGGAUGAACUGCGUCAAAUAUCUGCUUUUCUUCUUUAAUUUUCUUUUCUGGGUUGCUGGCCUGUUCCUGGUGGGUGUGGGGAUCUGGAUCAGAGUUGACGACAACGCACUCAAGAUCCUGCACAACCUGGACAACCUGGACGAGACCGUGGUGUACGCCGGAUGUUACGCUUUCAUUGGCGUCGGUGCGGUGGCUCUGGUCGUCGGAUUCUUCGGAUGCUGCGGGGCGGUCAUGGAGAACAAGUGCCUGCUGGGAACGUUCUUUGCCUGCCUGUUUGUGUUGCUGAUUGCUGAGGUUGGGGUGGCCAUUUAUGCAGUGGUGAAGAAGCCUGAUGCUGAAAAGUUUCUGAAGGAAGGACUGGACAAGAUUGCGGAGAAGAAGUAUCAGGACCUGGACCCUGAGCUGCAGAGGCUGGUGGACUUCUUCCAGAAGGAGUUUAAGUGCUGCGGAAUGAACAGCACCACGGACUGGGCACCUGACUACCCCGACACCUGCAACUGCACUGCAGGUGACACCUGUGAUGCAACAUCCGGCAGGUGGAAGAAGCCAUGCGAUGAGGAAGUCAUCAACAACCUGAAUAAGAACAUUGUCUACAUCGGAGGUGGAGCGCUCGGUGUGGCUCUUAUCAUGGUUCUGGGCAUCAUCCUGUCCUGUAUGCUGUUCCGCCAUGGAAGGCGAGAGGGCCAUGGCCAGCGGCCAGGCGGGUACUUUGGUUCAACCUACAAGGAGUUUGUCUGAGAUUACUCACAGUCAUGUCAGCUAACACAGAUCAGAUUGUGCCUUAAAAAUCUAACAUUUGGGAGUGCUUAAAAUAACAGCUUUUGCGAUCAGCCAAACAGAAAUCUUAACAAGCAAACUACAUUGAAAAAAUACUUUUGACUUGAUGUGCCAUGAAUUUUGUUUCUUGUUUGGUAUACAUCAUUAGUAACUUUACUCAUUCAUAAACAUUUAAAAUCAGAUGUCCCUCCUGUAUAUUUUACAUAUGGAUAAGUCCAUGUCAAAGAUAAAAAAUCUCAGACUGGUUUGAUUUGAUUUGUGUAAGCCCAUUCCUCUGAGAGGAGCAAGUGUUGAUAUUUGAUUUUUCUUCUUUUGUUAAAAAUUGUCUUCGUUGUAUUUGGAGUUGGACCUUGAACUUUAUUGUACUGUUUGGAACAUCAAUUAAGGGUGGCUAAUGAUUGCUGAAGAUUAUUAGUUUUAGGAUUAUAUUUUCUUUGAAAGGAGCUUCAUGUGAAA